AUGGAGGACGGAGAGCUCGAUUUUUCGAACCAAGAGAUGUUUUCGGGUCCAAACAUGGGGGGUGAACAUCCGAGUAGUUGCUCAAUGGACAGCUUCUUUGAUGACCUUCUUAAGGACACUCAUGCUUGCACUCACACCCACACUUGCAACCCACCUGGCCCUGACUACUCUCAUACACACACUUGCUUUCAUGUACACACUAAAAUCGUGUCUUCAGCAACAGGAAGUGAAGACAAGGCUGGAACUGAUGACACUGCUGAAUCUGGGGAAAAGAAAUCGAAGAAACGGCCUUUAGGUAAUCGAGAAGCAGUUCGUAAGUACCGCGAGAAGAAGAAGGCACGGGCAGCGUCUUUGGAGGAUGAAGUUGUGAGAUUGAGAGCUGUGAAUCAGCAGUUAUUGAAGAGGUUGCAAGGUCAGGCUGCAUUGGAGGCUGAGAUUGCGAGGCUCAAGUGUUUGCUUGUGGACAUUCGAGGAAGGAUUGAAGGAGAAAUUGGAUCUUUUCCAUAUCAGAAAUCAGUGAAUCCCAACCUGCCCAACCCAAACAUCCCCAGUGCGUAUGUGAUGAAUCCAUGUAAUCUACAGCGUGAUGAUCAGCUUUAUUGUCUUCAUCAAGGGGCUGAUGGAAAAUGUGGAGAUGGGGCGGUGAUGAAUGGGCAAGGAUUUAGCGGUUGUGAUUUUGAGAAUCUUCAGUGUUUGGUAAAUCAGGAUGGAGGAUACAAGGAGCUUUCUGGUUGUGGACUUGGAGAUGGGGUGUCAAAUGGUAAUUCUUCUGCCACAAAUAAGAGGAAGGGUGAGACAUAA